AAUCCAUAGUAAGCGUACGAGGGUAUGAGGGUAGGGGGAGAGAAGGAGAGCGCGUGAUUUCAGGGAAAAUUGAGUCAGCAGCAGUGAAACGCCGCCGCUUAUUAUAUAAACCAAAAUCAGGGCCCUCCCCAGCAGUAGUGUCCGCAAACGCCAUCUCAAUUCCGGGCGGUCGCAACUCUUUUCACCCCCCUACCCUUCCCUUCCCAUUUAAUUACUAUUAUUAUUUCCCAACAUUAAAAAACACUGCGCUGUUCCUCAUUGACGGCGACGCUUUCGUCAAACUAACUCUGUCCACACCCACCAGGCCCCAUAUUUCUUUUCCUCUUUUUAGAAACGAACGCGUUAACUCCCUCAUUUUCAUCCUCUUCUCUAUUUCUCCUCCGCCGUACGUAGCUGCUGUAGAAUUCUUGGUGCUGGGGAUUAAACUGCGAUAAUGGGUGGUUGUUUGUCUUCUGAAUCCGGCGAUUCAAGUCGUCGUCUCAAGCCCUCUGCUGCUAAUGUGGUUUUAGCCAACGGAGAAUUGCGCCAGUACUUUCUCCCCAUAACUGUCUCUCAAGUUCUCCACUCCCAAAAUUCAUCUCCCGAUGCCUUCUUCCUCUGCAACUCCGACAAUUUGUAUUUCGACGAUUACAUACCAUCUCUCCUGCCCCACGACGAACUGGAGCCUGCUCAGAUCUACUUCCUGCUGCCUACAGCCAAACUUCAGUAUCGGCUUGCUGCCUCCGACAUGGCCGCCCUAGCCGUCAAGGCUAGCGCUGCGCUCGAGCAGAUCAACGCUUCCAAUAGUCGACGGAAGAGAAAAACUCGGAUUUCACCGGUGUUGGUGUCGGAGGAGGAUCCGCAGUCAAAUCAUACCGUAAAUCAGAACAAGAUUAGUGGGGGGGUUAAGAAUAAUUACAAAAGCAAGUCGUCGUCGUCGUCGUCAUGGGGGGUGCUGGGGUUAUCGAGGUCGGGUUCAGUGAGGAAGUUAACGAGAUACUCUUCUAGACGAGCGAAAUUGGCGGUUCGGUCAUUCAAGAAUAAGCUGAGCACCAUAUAUGAAGGAUCGGUGCAUGCUCCGCCGCAUCCCCCACCCCAGCAGCAAUCACUAAUGGUUUAUUGAAGCAAAAAUAUUAUUAAGGGAGGGGAUCGAGUUUCCUUGAUAAAAUAAAAUUAUUUAUUCUUUUCUGCCUCGUCUUCUUAGUUUUUUCUUUUUACUUUAGGGGGGUAAAAUGAAGAAGGAUUCUCGAUUCUUCUGAGUAAAAACUUGGCAUAAAUUAAGCGAGACGCAGUGUAUGUGUACAUGUAGGUGCGUGUUCCCUUGUUCGUCUCAUGAGUGAUUUACAUUAUUUGUUUUUGUGAAUAUUUGUUUCAUUGAAUACAAAUAAUUUGAGGAUUAAUGAGAGGAAUGAUUAAUG